CAAUUCCCCUUUUAGCACAUAAACAUGGCGUCUAUUAAUCAAGCAGCUCGGGCUGCGGCUGUAGCCAGGCAAGUAAAGCCUUUUAUGUCGAAGAAUCCUGAAGAAGCCAGAGGAAGGGUGAUACAGCUAUAUAAAGCUUGGUGGAGAGAAGUACCUCAUGCAAUUCAACAGUAUCAGCUAGACAUAUCUGUCAAAGAAGGAAGAAACAAGGUGAAGGAGAUGUUCAUGAAAAAUGCACACAUCAGGGAUUACAGAGUCGUGGAUAUGUUAGUGAUAAAGGGAAAGAUGGAAUUAGAAGAAACAAUCAAGGUCUGGAAGCAGAGAACCCACGUCAUGCGCUACUUCUACGAAUCAGAGCGACCAGCACAAACAGACUUCCUCAGCAAAUUCUAUUCGGGAAAGGAAUGAUGGCAUAUAUAUCUAGUUAGCAUAUUUAGUUCUGUACCUACAUUGUAGAAAUUGUAAUGUAUAAUAUUGCAUUGAAAUACACUUGGUAUCUAUUGGAAGGCAUGGACAGUCCCGAUUGUUUUGAUUUUAUUGGAUACGUUCAGAUUUCUUCUUGUCAAAAUCACAUCUGCAAUGUUAUGAAGCAGUCUUGAUGCUGGGAGAUGCUCCUAGGUUAGAAAUGAUUGAUUCCUAGAUGUGUGAGGAAUUUGUUUUUCUGUAGAAUAAUGAUCAAUGGCAGACACGUGUUCAUGACAUGAUGGGUUUAGUUGAAGCUCCUCCUGAAAAA